CCAUUCCUACCUUACGUUUGCUUCCCCUCCGGACUCAUGAAAAAGCGAGGGAAAGGAAAUUAAGAUGGCGCGUUCAGCGAAGACAGCGUUGGUUCUGUGUCUGGAUGUGGGUUUCUCCAUGUCCAACCUUGCCCCGGGACAGGAACCGCCCUUCCAACAGGCCAAGAAAGUCAUCCAGAAGUUUGUUCAGCGCCAGGUGUUCGCUGAGAACAAAGAUGAGCUGGGUCUGGUGCUGUUUGGGUCAGACAACACUAAGAACAACCUUGCUAAAGACGGCCAGUACCAGAACAUCUCAGUACACCGCCAACUCAUGAUCCCAAACUUUGAGCUGCUGGAAGAGAUCCAGAAUGAUGUGCACCCUGGGAGUCAACAGGCUGACUGGCUGGACGCUCUUGUUGUAUGCAUGGACCUGCUUCAGAACGAAACUCUGGGGAAGAAAUAUGAGCGUCUGAACAUAGUCCUGCUCACAGACCUGAACACCCGAGCAGUCCUGACCAGCUGAACAUUAUCAUAGGCAAACCUGAAGAGAGCCGGCAUCACUCUGCAGUUCUUCCUACCCUUCCCUGUAGAUGGGGGUCCCAACCCCCCCCACGGGGGUUCAACCCCCCCCACGGAGGUAAAGGUCUGUCCAGAAGAGCAGCAGCAAGGCCUGGAGAUGACCAAGCGGGUCAUGAUUCUCUGGAUGAAGAGGACGUCUGGAGAAGUCUACACCUUCAGUGAUGCUAUAGAGAAGUUGUCUGUGUUUAAACGUGUUGAGAAGAGACCCAUGGCCUGGCCCUGUACUCUGACCAUCGGCAGCUCUCUGGCCAUCAAGAUUGUUGGCUACAAAGCAGUAUGUGAGGAGAGACCCAGGAAGUCGUGGUCGGUGGUAGAUGCUAAGACACACCAGAAAGACGACAUAAAAAGAGAUGUAGUUUACUGUCUCAACGAUGAUGAAGAGACCGAGGUAUCGAAGGACGACACCAUACAAGGGUAUCGUUAUGGCAGUGACAUCGUCCCCUUCUCUAAAGUUGACCAGGACCAGAUGAAGUACAAGACAGAUGGGAAGAGUUUUGCUGUGCUGGGCUUCACCAAACAGAGCAUGAUCAACAGACACCAGUUCGUGGGGACUCAGGUCCUCAAGGUGUUCGCCCCUAAAGAUGAUGAGGUGAGAGUAGUGACCGGAUUUUAUUGAAUCAACAGAG